UUUUGCUCAUCAGGAUCUUAUAAUAACUGACCGGUUUGAUGUGUAGGGACGGCGGAUUUGCCGGAUCCUGAAAUCAGUGCAAAAGGUUCAGAAAAGGUCGGCAAGCAGAAAUCGGACGAACCAAAAGGUUCCACGAAAGAGAUUAUUUCCACUCAUCUCUUUGCGACGACAUUUUCGAUCCUCCUAUGGUCUCUUCUAUCGCUGAUCCCUCUUGGGCCAAUAUACGACCGGAGCGGUCCACGGGUAUCGGGCAUAGUUUUCAGCGUCAUGAAUCUACCCAUCAGUAUUGCCAUUUCCCUAUCAACAGUUUUUUGGAUCAGAGAGUUAUUCGGCCUUAGCAUUCGAUGGUGGUCAAAAGAUACUUGGUGGCCUGUACUAGCGUACAUGGUUUGGAAUUUUAUUGUGUACAGCAUCUUUGCUCUCAUCCCGCUGUUUCCCGUGCCUUUUAUGCCAGUAUAUGGCGGAGGGUUAGCGUACUCUGUGGUUCCCCCUCUGAUCACCUAUCUUUUCUGUCUACCAACUCAUGUGAAGGCACAACCCGACUUUCUCAAAAAGUUUGCGUCAUCUAUUAUCGUCUCUGGAUCGCUCAACGUCUACUGGUUCGUCCUUUUUGGCUUCUACUUUGCAUUCAUCAAUACACCAAACACGACCGGGCUGCAAAUUAUGUUGCUUGCCAUCAUCAAGAUAUUCACUGUAGUUUUCGGGGGUAUCCAGGUCAAAUUGGUGCAUAGCGUUGCAAGACUUCUGGGGCAUAAGGAAGGAGAAAAUAUUGGGGCGCUUGCAAAGCUAUUUAUCGAAACAGCCUUUGAGACGUACAUCUUCCUUGUAAUCCCCGACAUGCACGAUUGGGCCGUCUUUGGAUUCUGGCUGGCGCUCGAUAUUUCCUGUCUCUUCCUCGAGCUCUUUCACAAAUACGAGACCGCUCUCGAUAUCGUCCUAUCCCGCUUCGGACGUCUCAAAAUUUCACAUCUCGGUUCAUCGGAGGACCUCGAGGAGACCAUACGCGUUCGUACCAAACAUUAUCUUGUGAGCGUUGUCUCAAAAGUUUUCGGAACGUGCGUCUUUUCCACCUUGCUGGCAACAUGGUACUAUGGGCCUAACAAGGAGUGGUAUCCCAUAUUUGCCUCGUUUCCUGAAGCCGUUGUGACGGAUGCCAUCUUCAAGGCAUGGUUGGCAUUAGCAGCCAUUCUGAUUCAUCUGAUGGGAACGCUGGCGGUGUUUAGAUACCGAGGUGUUCCUGUCGCAAAGUAUGCAAGGCAAUUUUUCGGACGAUAUGCGCCAUUAUUCGUGGGCAUCUACCUAUGUGCUCCUAUUUUCCCUUUCACACACAUGGGAAAGCAUUGGUAUUGUUUAGAGUACAUGUGGGAGGUCGUACAUGGAACCCACGGUUAGGCCUCUUCAUGUUAUGAUUUGCGGUGUCCGUGCAAAUACCGCAGAUUGCGUUGUAUCCCGCAACCGCGCGGUACACGGUUUACAAGCCGCGCAAUAUACCCAAACUGUGCAGUAACAUUUGCAACGAUUGAAUGAGUGCAUGUUAGAUUACACUAUAGACAUUAUGAAUAGAGUGGCAAUCAAU